CAUCACACUGACAGGCCAGGGAACCUCUAUAGACAUGGAUGGGAAGGGGGGGAGCUGUGUCAUUGGAAGGUCUCUGCUGCUUUUCUUGGUCCUCCUCUUGGGGGUCUCAGCAGAAGAACCUCCCCCCGUCACCUCUGCCCAGUACUUAUGGGGGGAGUUCUGGAUGGUACGUUUCUUUUUAAACAUUGCCGGGUACGGGACAAUCCUGAUCCCGGGAUAUAUACUCAUACAGUACCUCAAACGCAAGAACUACCUGGAGACCGGUCGGGGGAUAUGUUUUCCACUAAUAAAGUCCUGCGUGUUUGGCCAUGAGACAAAGGCUUUGGCUCCCGAUGAACCUUCAUCUGCCGCCCGGGUAGAAGGUGACCCCAGUACCUCCCAGCAGGCUCUUAAACUUCUCUUCUGUGCAGCCGGACUCCAGAUCUCCUACCUGACAUGGGGGGUCCUGCAGGAGCGUGUCAUGACCCGUACCUACACUGGCACAGAACCUGGCACCCCCGGAGAAAAGUUCAGAGACUCUCAGUUCUUGGUGUUCAUGAAUCGGAUCUUGGCCCUGACCGUGUCCGGAAUCUACUGCGCCCUCACCAAACAGCCUCGCCAUGGUGCGCCCAUGUACAAAUACUCCUUCGCCUCUCUGUCCAACGUCCUCAGCAGCUGGUGCCAGUACGAAGCUCUCAAGUUCAUCAGUUUCCCCACCCAAGUCCUGGCCAAAGCCUCGAAGGUCAUCCCCGUCAUGUUGAUGGGAAAGCUGGUCUCACAUAAGAGUUACGAGUAUUGGGAGUAUUUCACCGCUGUCCUCAUUUCCAUCGGGGUCAGCAUGUUCCUGCUGUCCAAUGGGGGAGGUUCUCGCCCUUCUGGGGUCACCACUUUCUCCGGAGUGGUCAUUUUGACCGGCUACAUCGCGUUCGACAGCUUCACGUCCAACUGGCAGGACUCUCUCUUUAAAUACAAGAUGUCUUCCGUGCAGAUGAUGUUUGGCGUCAACCUCUUCUCCUGCCUCUUCACCGUCUUCUCUUUGCUGGAGCAAGGCGGCCUGCAGGAGGCGAUCCUCUUCAUGUCCCGCCACCCGGACUUCGCUUUCCACGCCGCCCUCCUCUCCGUCUGUUCGGCUUUCGGCCAGCUCUUCAUCUUCUACACCAUCAGCAAGUUUGGGGCGGCCGUGUUCACCAUCAUUAUGACUUUGCGCCAGGCCCUGGCGAUCCUUUUGUCGUGUUUGCUGUACGGUCACCCGGUCACGCCGAUCGGCUCGGUGGGGGUGGCGGUGGUUUUCCUGGCCUUAUUCCUCCGCGUCUACGCCCGAAGCCGCAUGAAGAGGAAGGGGAGGAAGGCGGCGGAUAACGCGGCGGUGCAGAAGGUGUAAAAUGGCCUUCAGGUCGCCGGGGAUUCCGCCCUGCGACUUAUUACCGACCUAUUUAAAGGGUCCUCGUCUCCUGGACUGAUGGGAAGUUUAAAGCUGGCUGCUGCGCUGGCUUUAGUUGGCACACCGUGGUGGCGAUAACCUGAACUUUUGUGCCGACCGUCUACCUGCAGACCAAACUUUUCUGCAAGUGCAGAGCAAACAAAGUAUUUGUGAGUUUUAGUUUUUUUUUUAUUUUACUUUAGAAGCAAUCAAUUAUUAAAUGGUACAUUUACAUUGUC